AUGAACGUUACUCAGGUGUUGGAGGGCACCCUGUCGCCAGAUGCGACCACGCGUCAAAAUGCUGAGCAACAGCUGCUCCACGCCGCUGAAGUGGAUUUUCCCACAUACCUCAUCACACUCUCCGAGGGCCUCGCGAACGAAGAGUCACCGAGCUCUAUCCGUAUUGCUGCCGGCCUCGCUUUGAAAAACUCGCUCACAUUCCGAGAUGCUGCAAGGCUGCAGGAAGUUCAAGUCCGGUGGGCACAACAGGUUCCUCAGCCGACAAAAACCCAAGUGAAGGCGCUUUCUACGCAAACAUUGAAUGCGAAAGAUGUUCGUGCUGGCCACUCCGCCGCACAGGUUAUCACCGCUAUCGCCUCAAUCGAGCUUCCUCGCAACGAGUGGCCCGAGUUGAUGCCUACCCUGGUUCAGAAUGUCGGAAGCGGGUCAGAUGCUCUCAAACAGUCCUCUUUGGCAACAUUGGGGUUCAUUUGUGAGGAAAAGGAUGCUGAUAUGCGCACUGCCCUCUCGUUACACUCGAACGCCAUCCUCACUGCUGUCGUUCAAGGCGCUCGUCGGGAUGAAGCAAAUCCCGAUGUGCGACACGCCGCCCUUCAAGCUUUGGCAGAUGCUACGGAUUUCAUCGGCAGCAAUAUGGGCAACGAGGGCGAACGCAACUACAUCAUGCAGGUAGUCUGCGAAGCUACUCAAGCGGAUGACACACGCAUCCAGGCAGGUGCUUUCGGAUGCCUUAACCGUAUCAUGGCAACCUAUUAUGAUAAAAUGCGUUUCUACAUGGAAAAGGCCCUCUUUGGUCUCACUAUUAUGGGUAUGAAGCAUGAUGAGGAAGAUGUCGCCAAGCUUGCCAUCGAGUUCUGGUGCACGGUGUGCGAAGAGGAAAUUACUAUCGAAGACGACAAUGCCGGGGCUACCGAUUCGACAAUGUUCCGACCAUUCUUUAACUUCGCCAGAAUCGCCUGCCGUGAAGUAGUACCGGUUCUCCUGCAACUACUGACCAAACAAGAUGAAGACGCUACCGAUGACGAAUACAAUGUCUCUCGUGCUGCCUACCAAGCUUUGCAGCUCUAUGCUCAGUGUGUUGAGGGAGAUAUUAUCCAGCCUGUCCUGACAUUUGUCGAACAGAACAUCAAAAGUGAGGACUGGCAUCACCGUGAUGCCGCAGUUGCCUCUUUCGGUGCUAUCAUGGAUGGCCCAGAUAUGGAAGUUCUGGAACCGCUCGUCAAGGGCGCUCUUCCUGUACUCCUUGGUAUGAUGGAAGAUCAAUCUCUCAUCGUCCGUGAUUCCACCGCGUUUGCACUUGGCAAAAUCUGCGAAGCUUGCCCUACUGGCGUUGAUACGAGUGUUCAUCUCCAACCUUUGAUUACCGCUCUCUUCAACGGGUUGGCGAGCAGCCCCAAGAUUGCUAGCUCCUGCUGCUGGGCACUUAUCAGCACUGCUGAAAACUUUUCUUUGCAAGGGGAUGCUCAGACAAACCCAUUGUCAAAGUUCUUCCAGGAGAGCGUCAAGAACUUGCUUGCCCUUACUGAGAGACAUGACACUGAAAACCAACUUCGAACUGCUGCGUACGAAGUUCUUAACGCAUGGGUCAUCACCGCAGCCAACGACAGCCUUCAAAUGGUUGCUAGUCUCUCCGACGUCAUUCUCCAGCGCCUUGAACAGACUGUACCUUUCCAGCAACAAGUGGUCAGCGUUGAAGAUCGCAUUGCUCUCGAAGAGAUGCAGUCCAGCUUAACCGUUGUGCUUUUGGCUAUUAUCCAACGUCUCGAAGGAGAGAUCAAGCCACAGGCAGACCGUAUCAUGCACGUUUUACUCCAAGUUCUGUCGACCUUGCCCCCCAAGUCCAGUGUUCCUGAUAUCGUUUUCGCUGCUGUGGGUGCCAUGGCAAGCGCUCUUGAAGAUGAUUUCCUGAAGUACAUGGAAUCAUUCUCGCCUUUCCUCUACAAGGCUCUCGAGAACCACGAAGAGCCUGGUCUUUGCGCCCUUGGAGUUGGGCUGGUUGGUGACAUUACCCGUGCAUUGAACGACAAGGUUCAGCCUUUCUGCGACACAUUCAUGAACCACAUGCUUAGCAUCCUGACUAACAGCGGUCUCCGGGAUACGCUCAAGCCGUCCGUGCUUGUUACUUUUGGAGAUAUUGCCCAGGCUAUCGGCCCGCAGUUUGAAACUUAUCUGUCGGUCGUCGCUCAGGUCCUUCAACAGGCAUCCAGUGUCACUCUCGCUAACGAUGUUGACGCCGACACUGUGCAAUACGUCAUUUCUCUCCGCGAAGGUAUCAUGGAUGCUUGGGGCGGGAUCCUCUUGGCCUACAAGGGGAGCCCUCAAAUCGCUACCCUUCAGCCAUAUGUGGAACCUAUCUUCCAGAUGCUACACCUUGUGUCCCAAGAGGCUCAGCGCAGCGAAGGUCUCAUGCGCUCAAGCAUGGGCGUCCUUGGUGACAUUGCGGACUCUUUCCCCAACGGCGAGUUUGCUUCUUUCUUCCGCAACGAUUGGGUAACAUCUUUCGUUCGGGAGGUUAGAACGAGCCCUCAUUAUGGCUCGCGAACGCUCGACACCGCUCGCUGGGCGCGUGAGCAAGUCAAGCGACAGAUCGGCCUGGCAACUGCCGCUGCUAUGUCAUAA